UGUCAUUGUGAGCUCCAGCAACAGAUGGCGACGGCAGUAGCGUUUAGUCGCGUUUCCAAUCUCUCAGGGUGGACGUUCUGAACGCAGAGUUCCUGAUUACUUCCAGAUUCGUAAUUUCUUUUAAGCGUUGGAUCCGAAAGAAGAAAAAACCCAAGUCAUCCGAUUUGUACUUAUAGUUUACUCCUUAUAGCUGUUCUUUUAUUUGUCUUGACGUCAGAUUUCUGUCGGAGGCCUCAAAAGCCUCGGACUAAAUUUGGCCACACACGGAGCCCGGCGUAAGGCGUCUCCGGUAUUGUUCGGAAAGUUUCCCAAAACGUAUUUAGCCAGACGUGUUUACAUUGAGGGUGUUAUGGGUAUGUUUUAUAAAGUUGGUUCUGCUCACGUCAUAGCAAUUAACGCGGAGUAGAUUUAAAUUAAGGGGGCGAGCUAACUGAUGUAGCUACCUAGCAAAGAGCCGGAUGAAUGAAUGAAGCAGCUUGCAACUACUUGGAUUUAAAACAACAACAACAAGCUUUUAUCCCCCCCACUACCAGCUGAUGUCCUGUUUUCCUACAAGGCGCCACUGAUCUCUCCUCUACUCCGGAGAACCUUCUCGGGCGACUCUUCCCCGACUGUUACGCUGGCUUUCCACAAAUGGACAGGAAUGCUUCGCUUGGGAGUGGACGGGCAGCGGCAGCUUAGCACGCCAAGAUAGCGCCGCCGCCGACUCGACUGUCGUCUCCUGAUGUUUGCUAGGAAGGGCGAGGUCAGCUUCAGCUAGCUACAGAUAUAUAUAUAUAUAUGUGCCCUACUCGGUCUCGGCGGCGGUAAGUGUGACGCUCGCGGCCAGGGUUUCGGGAUGGGGAACACGGUGUCAUGCUGCGUGUCGCCCGAGUCCAGUCCCAAGCUGCCCUCGAGGCAGCCCGCCGAGCGGCUGGAGGAGUUUCACACCAGCACCGAAGUGAGCGACGACCAGGCCGGGCCCUAUCUGCAGCACAUAAGCGACAGGGAGGUCCCCGACGAGCUGGCCUUGGAAUCUAAUCCUUCGGACCACGCCCGGGCGAGCACCAUCUUCCUCAGCAAGUCCCAGACAGACGUGCGCGACAAGAGAAAAAGCAACCACCUAAACCAUAUCAGUCAUGUUUCUCCUGGUCCCCCAAUGAAGAAGUACAGCUCCUGUUCCACCAUCUUCAUAGACGACAGCACCGUGAGCCAACCCAACCUCAAAAGCACAAUUAAAUGUGUCACUUUAGCCAUAUACUACCACAUCAAAAAAAGGGACUCUGACCGGUCGCUGGACAUCUUUGAUGAGAAGUUGCACCCUUUAUCAAAAGAGCCAGUGCCAGACGACUACGCGUACGUCGACCCCGAGCACAAACACAUCUAUCGCUUCGUCAGAACGCUCUUCAGCGCCGCACAGCUCACGGCAGAAUGCGCCAUCGUCACUCUAGUCUACUUAGAGCGCUUGCUGACUUACGCGGAGCUGGACAUUUGUCCGGCCAACUGGAAGCGCAUCGUCCUGGGAGCCAUCCUGUUGGCCUCCAAGGUGUGGGACGACCAGGCCGUGUGGAACGUCGACUACUGCCAGAUCCUCAAAGACCUCACCGUGGAGGACCUGAACGAGAUGGAGCGGCAGUCCCUGGAGCUCCUCCAGUUCAACAUCAACGUGCCGGCCAGCGUUUACGCCAAGUAUUACUUUGACCUGCGGCAGCUGGCUGACGACAACAACCUGAACUUCCCGCUGGAGCCCCUCGACAACCAGCGUGCUCAGAAGCUAGAGGCCAUUUCAAGACUGUGUGAGGAUAAAUACAAGGAUCUGAGCAAAGCAGCGAUGAGACGAUCCCUCAGCGCAGACAACCUGAUAGGAGUACGACAUUCGAACGCCGUGCUGUCGUAGCCCCCCCCCUCCCCCCUCCUCCUCGGCGGACAAACAUGGAGUCGUCGCGGCCGCAGCUGACGGGCUUCUGCCUUCAAAGCGCCGCAGCAUGAGCCGCUCCCGGCGGUCUGUCACAGCUUUACGGCCGCAUCAUGGGUGAAGCUGAAACUCUGGCUUCUGACUAAACCGAUUGUCAGCGAUUCUUUUUACUGUUUUUUUUUUUUCUUUUUCUUUUAAUUUAUUUCUUACCAAACUCUCUUUCUCCCAAAACGGUGUUAAAAAGUGAAGGAGCGACUGAUCUGUAGUCGUCACACAAAGCGGCGUCAGGACAAAGGUGUGUAGUUCGUUCUGUCUUGACAGACGAGGCGAAGGCUUGGUCUGAGGUUUGGUCGUUUUUUUUUGUGAACAAAUCGAGAAGAAAUGGAUGUUGGCGACCGUCUAAGCUCAGCUGGUGAGGUUGUUCAGUCCGCAGCAGAAACGUCUGAACAAAGACUGAGAUAUCGUUGGUUCAUCAGAACACCCCGUCUCUUUAUCCUCAGUGUUUUACGCUCUGUUUUUCAUAAUCGUAUCCAAUAACGUUGGAAACGUGGGCUUUUAUUUCUAACUCAGUUUUGUCGGAACAGAUUUUCCCGAUUUUGGUCCCACAAAGAAGGGCGACGGUCACAUCUUGCAUCCAAAUAUAGUCACUGAUUUUAUUUAUUGCGUCAUUGCUCCUCAGGGCCUCAGCGCGCCCUGAGAAAAAUCAGAUGGAAAAGCUUUUGGAACAUUUUAGCUUUAGUUUGACCUUUUUGGUUUCUGAAAGUGCUCGUUUUAGCCUUUUUGAUUGGAAUAGCUAAAGGUGUAUUCUCUGUUACGCAGUACUUGGAAAAAGGUGUUGAAUUAUCCAUAAUUCUUUAAUAUUUGAUGUAUUUAUGUCUUGGUAUGUUUUAGUGGUCAUGAUCACAAGUUCUCCUGGCUGUCUUUAGGGGCUUAAAGUUGACAUUAAAGCUAAAUGAGUAGUGGGAUUUUAUUUCUUAAGCCACUUAACCCUGGCCUUAAACUCGCUUAGCUGUUCUAUUUCAACAUAAUGGGUGGGGAAAAAAGCCCCAUUUUUAAAUUUAGCAUAGCUGACAUUUCUCUUUAUGUAAUCAACGAACAAACAUAAACUGUUAUCACAGACGCUUCCUUCUUGGGCUGGCCAUUUUCUAGCUGAUAGUUUCGUCUUCAUUUGUGCAGGAGUACCAAUUGAUAUUUGGUAAAAAAAAAAAAAUUAAAACUCGAUUUGGUUGAUUGGACAUCUAAAGUAAUUGGUUGGUGAGGCCAAACGAGAACUGCAGCUUGUGGCACUCCUCGUCCGAUUAUAAAGAGCAAAACAAGCGAUAAACUUCUGCCCAAUAAGCGCAUUUACUACCAGCUUCUACUUUAUUCUACAUUUUGCUUCGAUCUUCCACCACUGUCUAUAUACGUAGGAAACAGAAUCAUAUUUAAAGCUAAAGUCUUUUAAAUCAACCUUCUUUGAUGUUUAUCUGCAUCCUCGAUUUUUAUUUUUGUUACUUCAAAACAGCUUUAUUGAUGGAAGCUGAUUGGGUACGUGGAAAUGCUUGGCUUCUCCGUAUGCUUGCGUAUGAAUCAAAAUAAGUAAUAAAGGUUAUAGGCAGCGUUGUAAAGUUCACUAUAACACAGUCGUCGUGGCUGCAGCCGUGCUUGUAGAAAGUCGCUCAUAGAGAACUGCACGGAUGCGCGUUCUGGCUGUUUCGGGAGUCGGACCUUCGAUUAUUCGUUCCUGCUGUCCUCUGAUCUGCAUCUUUAUUGGCUGAGAUGCUAAAGCUCACAGAGAGCGGUGCAGCUUUUGUGUAACGGUAAAAGAAAGCGCGGGUUAAUCACGGCUAAAAUUGCCAUCCCAAUUAUUAGCCUCUGUUAAUUUAGCAGCAGCAGGGAAUAAUUGUUGCUUCUCUGUUUUAAAUAAAAGCCAGCAGAUCAUAUUGUGCUGCUGCUGCUUAAAGGCUUCCUGAUGCCGUCGUACCGUGAAGGUUUAUCGCGCUGCGAGGAGCCGAUGCUGGCCACAACCUGCUCAGUGUUAUGUGGCUUAGAGAAAUGAUUGACUUUGGUGUUAAAAUGGGUUCUGGACUAAAGAAAAGUGUCAAAAAGCAAAAGGCCCGUCAGAGAGGCCAGUGAACUGUGAUCAAGACCAUCCUGGUCCUUAGAUGCAAAAUCUACAGAGAUGAAGGAGAACUCAAGACUUUAACACAGUAUAGUAGAUUUGAGUAAAAAUUGACUUGAAAUUUGGUUUUUUUUUUUUUUUUAGUAAUUGUCCCGGUCUGAGCUGAGGAUGUCUUUCUAACACAGAAUCUAACCGUUAACAGGAGAUGGUUGGAGUAAACAAAGCUCCGGUCAGCUGUGGUGGUUCAGGAGUCAGGAGUGCCAAUUGUGGGAUUGUUGUAACGCCGUCUAUACAUGCGUACCUUUGGAUGCUCAAAUGCUACUGAUGUUAGGUCAGUACUGCUACUGAGUGGGAGUGGGUGGGUGGGGGGGGGGGAUCCCCCCACCGUCCAUCUUUGGUUUUAAGCCCCUCAGAUCUCACCAUCGUCAGAAGCUUCCCAACCCCUUUGUUCAGAAACACCACAUAGAUGCAGAGGGAACAAAAGACUGAUGGAUGAACCCUCUCCUUUUUUUUGCUUACUAUGUAGGCUACUAGCUGUGAAAUUAUUCUUUUUAAUGAAAAGAGGAGUUUGCAAAUGGAAUAUUUUAAAUAAACACUAAUCAUGUGACAGAGAA